AUGAUAAAUUCUUUUCCUAUUUUUAGAGUUAGCGAGGUUGAAGUUAAGCCUAAUUCAGAUUCAGACCCUAUAUCAGAGCUCAGUUUUACUUUGGCAGACUCUAAAACCUCUCAAUUGAUCUUUCAAUCUCCCUCUAUUGAGCUAUCUCAAAUUUCCAAUCUUGCUCCUAUUCAAUUGCUAUCAGAUACUGAAGCCAUCAUAACCCUUAGCAUUUAUAUAAAAAGUGUUGAAAGCCAAAAUUUACUUGGAUCCGCCUCAAUAAAUCUCGCCCAAGAUUUCCCGUUAAAAAAGUGACUAAAUAUUCAAAGUGAAGGCAAAGAAAUUUUAAGUAUAGAAAUAGAAGUCAAUAAAGUAGAAAACUUGGAAAAUUCAUUCGAGAUAAUUGAAGAAAGUCUUGAGAAAAGUGAUUUUAUAGAAAAGCUAGAAAUAAAUAAAAGUCUACAAAUGAUAAAUAUAGAAGAAAAUAAAAAUGACCAGGAAAUUGAUAAUAACGAAAUCGAAGAGGUAAAGAAAAAUAUUGCAUCUCACCAUAGUAAAGAAUUUUUUGAUAAAGAUGAAAGGGAAAGUUUAAAGCUGAAAGAUUCUGAAAGGUUAAAGGAAUUGUAUGAAGAAACCAAAAAUGCAAAAAACAGGGAUUUGCCUGAAGAGAAUGAUUUAGAAGAUAUAUUGAAGCAAGGUUUAAGCAAAUAUAAUAUUGAAAGCCCUAAGGAAUUAGAAGAAUUGAUAAAUAUAACUAAAGAAAGUAUUGCAUUAAAUCUCAGAAAAAAAAAAACAGAAAAAGCAAAAAAAGAAGAAAACAAACUUGCUGAUUUAGAAAAAUUACUUUCUAUUGAUAAGCAAAUUACUUUAAAAUCUAUGAUCAUUUUAGACUUCAAAGAGAUUGGAAAUGAUAAAAAGAUUGGUUUUAUUGAAGCAAUGAUAAAUGAUAUUUCAGAAAUUCCCUAUUGUACUGAAAGGUUUCUUACAAGCAUUUUGUGCUUUGCAUAUUAUAAAAGCUACAAUUUUGAGAUAGCACCAGAAUUUCAAGAAAAAAUUGAGAAUUUAGACAUUGAAAAAGAGUACAGCAAUUUUCUUCAAGUUUUAAGUGCUUUACCUAAAGGAUUUUUGUCAAGAAAGCUUAUUUCAAGUUUCAAAGAAAAUUUUAUUAAUAAAAAUUGGAAAAAUUUAAUAAAAGAUACAGAAAAAAUUCUCAAGGAGUAUCGGCCUGUCAAUAUAAAGGAACUUAAACGAUUGAUUAAUAAAUCAGUCCAACGCUCUGAAGAUUUGCAAAACAAGGACAUUAUUUUGUUAAUUGGAAUUACAGGCUCAGGAAAAUCGACAACAACCCAUUUUUUAUGCGACUCAAAGAUGGAGAGAGUCAUGGAAGAUGGUGUGAGACAUAUUAAAGCAAUUGCUGUAAAAAAUCCUAUAUUAAAAAACAUCAAUAUUUCUUCUCAUGCAGAAUCAGAAACUCGAUAUAUCAUUAUGGUGCCAAUAAAUUUUAAAAAUUUUGAAGAGAUUUUUAUUUGUGAUCCUCCAGGGCUAUUAGAUACAAAAGGAGCUGAAGUUGACAUGGCAAAUACAAUAAGUAUUAUUGAAUGCGUUAAAAAAUGCAGAAGCGUAAGGCCAUUGAUUUUAUUAACUCUUAAUAUAAUUUUUUAAAAAAUAAUUAAUAGUUUGGUAAAUAAUAAAAUUUGAAUAAUAAAUUUUAUGAUAAAGGGUAAGUUGUAAAACAGAAGGUGAUAGGUUUGAAGGUGUUAAAAAAAUUGCUCACACCUUGGCCAGACUUGUCCCAAAUUUUAAUAAGUAUUCCCGUUCAUUUACGUAUGCAUUUACAAAAUAUACAGCCCAAGAGGCUUCCAAUAUAAAUGCACUGGUAACGAAUGCUUUAGGGUUGUUAGAAAACCCUGAUGAAGCGUUUUUGCACAUUUUGCAGGACAUAAAAUAUAAGACUAAAAAUGGGGCGAUAACUAUUGAUCCUUUAACUUCCCCCAAUCCUUGAUCGAACUGAUAACUAUAAUUUGAUUAAUGAUGAGAUUAAAAUAUAUCUGCAAAACAAUUAUAAAUUAAUUCAUAAUAAAGGUCUUGUAGAUUUAAAAUUGGUGGCAGAUACUUAUAUUAACUAUAGAUCAAAUUUUGUUAAAAUUAAAAAAAAUGGCUUUAGAUUUAUAUUCAAUAAUUAAAUUCAUAGAAUUUAAAUAUACUAAUUGCCCGAGGAUGGCGCUAUCUUGCGCCAUCCUCGGGCAUUUCAAAAAUGGCCCCACACCGGGAAUUGAACCCACGUGUGGGGCCAUUUUUGGUGUGUGUAGAACAUCGACUUCCACGCACCAAAAAUGGCCCCACACGUGGGUUCAAUUCCCGGUGUGGGGCAAUUCCUAUAUAAACUUUAGGAAAUUCUAGUAUGUCUUUUAGUGAUUCUCACCCAAUAGGCGAUUUCGGAACCCUUAUUUUAUAAUCCGAGCCAAAAGAGUGCUAAGAUUAUAAUUCCAUAAGGGAGAAUUCAUUUAAUUAUAUUUAGGAGUAUCCAAACAAUUACCCUAUGCUAUGGCUAUUUUAUUUUUUACCCAUAAAAGCUAUUGAAAUAUAAGAAUUUUAAUGCCUUUAAAGGCACACUUCUUAUUUUAUAUUUUAAUCUAGCCGUUUUAUUCAUACAUAAAUAAAAAUAUAUGCUAUUAUUUUUUGCCCAAUUUAAACUUUUUUAGCAAAAUGUAUUAAAUAUAUAUACUCUAAAACCCGAUCCCUGCUAUGGAUUGGGUUAUACCCACUCUUAUGGAUUUGAGCAGGGUCAAUUCCUCAUCACUCAAUCAAUUUUUGUCACUUUCAGAUUUGUCUAAUUGUCCGAAUAGCUAUUUAUAUAAAAAGUCUGCUGACUUGUCAGAUCCUAUUUGACAUAGCAAAAACGAGUGAAAUUGUUUAAAGCUUCCUGAAGAUAAUAUGAAUCAAUUAAAAUUAAGCUCAGUUCCUCAACCAGACUUUUGAUAUUAUUAUUGAAAAUUCACUAUUAGUUUCAAUGAUUUUAAUUUCAGCACAAUUUAUUGAAUAAAUACUUUUUUAACUAGAUUUAAUAGUCUCUUUAUUCUGAGUCUUAAACAAAAACUUCUUAAAAUCGCAGCAGCAGUCAUAAAUACUAUUAACUUGAUAUUUAACAUUAAAAUAUUUUAUUCUCUAAUUACAAUAUUUUUCAAUAUGAUAUUUCUAAUACUCAUCACUAUCAAAGGCAGGUUGUUAGACUUGGGGAAUGGAUUCGUUCGAUCAAGAACAUUCAAUAUGUUGCUGGCCAAAGAUGAGAAGUAAGAGAUGACCCUCAAGAACUACUAACGAAGAUAAUGGAAAGAGCACCUAUUUUAGACCCAAAAACUGCCUUUGUGAGCUUUAUAACUGAAGAUUCUAGAAAAUCUAUAAAAGAGCAAGUACUGCUUCAUUCAAAAGACAUUUUAAUAGCCUCAAAUCCUAUGGAUUAUAAAAUUAUAAAAUAUAAAUUGGACGAGUUGAAAUAUUUAGGAAGCUUAUUUGAGCAAUUUUUAUCCCAAUAUAAAGAAUCUGCAGAACAUGUGAUAAAGAGCAUUAAUGAUUUAUAUAAUAAUACUGUUAAUCAGUUUAAUAGCUUUAUAGACAAGAAUGGAUUAUGAUCCUGAAAAAAAGCAAAGCGUGCUUUUUCAUGACCUUCUUAUACUAUCAAAAAUGAUGUUGUUUUAGCAUAAAAAAAAUGCAGUGAAAUUCGAAUUUUGAGACCAUAAUUCAAAAAAAGGACAUGGAACAAUUUUUCCCAAAAAAAUUUUAUAAAGAUGAAACCAUGGAAUAAGAGAAAGUUAAAAAUUUAAAAAUCAUGGUCAAAAGAAUUGAAAAAAGCGCAAUAUUUAUAAUAUUAUAUAAAUAGAAACCUUAAUAAAAUAAAAUAAAAAUUAAAUUAAAUCUUUUAAAAAUGAAGGCUAGACCUUCGUUCCAUGCUGAACAACAUUAUAUCUUAUAAACAGGUUUUUUUUUUAAAAUCUCAUGGAAAAAUGCGAUUUAAUCCUAAAAUUCAAAUUCACCAAAAAUUUGUGCUGCAUUUUUUUCAUGAUACCCCAAGUAUGGGAGCUUGGAUGAAAAUACUAUUAAAUCCUAUGAAGUAGUUUAUAAUAUUAUUAAAAAAUUUGAAGAAAUCAGAGAUAGCCAUUUAAGGGGAGAAACAGUCACAUCUGCAGCAAUGUUAACUAAUAUUGUUUCAAAGCUAGAUCUUACAAAUCUGAACUUAAAAUCAGAUAAUAUAGAUCCUGAUAUUUUGAAUGUCCAGUUGAAUAAUGUUAAAAUUUUAAGUGAAACAUUUGAAGACGUUGUGCCGCACUAUAAAAAUCUUUUUAACGAAUAUUCAAAUCUCAUUGAAAGCUUACUAUCAUCUGCCACUUCUAAUUUGGAAGAGAAAAACUUUAAAAAUUUUGCUAUCUCCGCUGUUAAUACUGAACAACUUCAAUUUUUUUUCAACAAAUUUUAAUCAUCAUAAUUUUAAUUUUUUCAUCUUCCAUAUAAAGUUUCACACUUUUAAAUAAAUAAUAACUAAGUCGAUUGAAAAUUAAUCGCUUUUUUAGUUAAAAACCUAUUCAAUAAGAAGAAAUGCUUGUUAUAUUAGAGGAAAAUUAAAGACAUAUUGCAAGAGCAAAAAUAUUUAAGAAUUGCUCGCACCCAUUUCGAUUUGACAGCUUUUGACGAAAGGCAUAAUGAUCUUCUAAAGAAGUUAUCAUUUACCUUAAAAGAAAAUCAUGAUAACUCCAUUGCAAUAUUAAGUAAAGGAAGAUUUGAAAAAAGCGAUAUCGAACCUCUAAACCAAAAUAUUUCAAUAAUAAAGUCAUUUAUCGGAUCUCGCCACUUUAAUGGUCUGAUAGCCAAAGAUGAAUUAGAAAACCAGCUCCAGUCAAUUCUUGAUGUGUAUCAAAAGCACUUUGAAGACGCUAAAAGCAAUGUCAUCUCAUUCAUUAAUGAUAAAACCACAUAUAAUAUAUACUUCUAUCUUUGAGUUGCCUGCUCUUUAUCUAACUAAAAUGGAGGCAAGCAAAGUUUCGAAUUUCUUUGAUAAAAUAAUAUUUAAUUUUUUAUAGUGCAAUAGGCAACUGAAGGCAAAGAUGUUUAGCUGAAAUUGAAACAAAAUUUGAUGAAUUCAGCUAUUUAAUGGAGAUCCCAGAUAUUGCAUCCCUUAUUACUGCUUCUUAUCAAAAUGUAUUAAGCUCACUUAUAAAUAAGAUCAGUUUUUUCAAAAAAGAAGCAAGAGAAUUUGUAAAAUCUUUAACCAGGUCUCCUGAGUCGACAGAUCUAGAAGCAUUGCGCAACUGCUUCUCAUGGCUUGAAUCAGGGAAGUGGAUCGAAAAGUUUCAAAAAGGAACUUAUAGUAAUGAGCUGUCAGGUAUAGAAAAAGAAAUUAAAAAUUACACUAAAAAAUUAUUGGAUCAAUUAAAAGCGAUUGACUUACUCUUCACAUAAAAAUUUAAAAUUUUGAAAGCUAAAAAUUUACUAAUUAUGAUUUUAUUGCCCCAUAUCCCUAUAUAGAUUUCUUUAUCGAACAAAAAAUAUGAUAGAAGGUUUUACAACCAAGACAGACUCUCUCAAGGGCGAUCUGGAUCUUAUAAAGGGAAUCGUUAAAAAGUGGCAUGCCAAAAAUUGGUUGAUAAGGUGAAAAAAGUUGACAAGCGCAUGCGCUAAUUUUUAAAGUGGCUUUAUUAUUGAAUUAAUUUUAAUUUUUAGAUAUCCUAUUAGACUGUAGAUGAUAAAUAUAAAGCAUUAUUAUGAGCCAUUAAGAACUUUAUAGAGAGCAAUGCUUUUAUAGAGUUAUUGAUUAUAUAAAAAAAUUGGCAUUAGUUAUUUAAAAAUAUACUUAUUUUAACCUAAUUUGUUUUAAAGCUAAAUUUUUCAGAAAAGAGUAAGUAAAGUAAUAUAUUGAUCAAUCGCAGUCUAACAGGUAUCUAAUAUCAAAUUAAUUUAAUAAUAAACACUUUAAAAAUUGGCGCGUUUGCUUGUCAACUUUUUUCACAGUUGUCAACCAUGUUUUAAUAUGCCACUUUUUAGCACUUCUUAUCGAAAUCCUUUAAAAGAGUCUCACUUGGUCGUUCAAUCAUCCAGUUCGAUAAAGAAAUCUAUAUAGGGCAUGAGCUGUUUGUGGAAUAUUUUGUAAGGGAGUUAGGAAUUAAUUGUCCUCUCAAUGUGGCUAAAGGAUACUGUAUAGUUCAAAAAUUGGACCCAAUUCUCCAAUUAAAAGAAUUUAUACCUUCAUUAGAAAAUAGUGAGAAUGAUAUUUGGAUUAAAUUCCAAGAAAGAAUUAAAGAUACCUUGAAAAUUAUUAAAAAGGAGUUUUGCCCAGAGCAGAGUGAUAUUGAAAGGGAAAUUAAUGACUUACUCCCCCCUCCCUCCGUGAGUGAGCAAAAAAUAUUUUGUUCAUAAUUAGGGGGGUUAAUUUUUUUUGAAAUUUUAAAAAAAUCCUAAUUUGCAAAAAUUGGAAAGCAAAUAACAAUUUAAUUUAUAAAAUUUAUGUUUUAAAAUGCAAUUUAUUUAAAAUUAAACAGUAUUAGCUCGAGAUUUCAUUAUACUAAUUAUCACUUAUAUAUCAAUGUUUUUUCCAUAAAAAAUCUUUUCUAUUAAAAAAAAUUUUUGUUCACUCACGGAAGGGGAGUUAGAGAGAUUACAAAAGAUUAGACUUGAUUAUUCAAAAUAUAAAGAAGAAAAUAAAAAUAGCGAGUGUCAAGAAUUGCUUAAAAAUAACGGAUUUGAAACAUUUAAAGAAAUAAAUCUUGAAAUAACAAAAAUCCAAAACUUUAUCAAUAUUUUUAACCAAAAAUUAACGAAAAAUACGCCUAACGUUGAUAAAAUAGAAAAUUAUUUUAAUUAUAUUCAAGAGUGUAAAAGCAUACCCCAGCUCUCGGAAUUUGCCAUAAGUUUUUCACAGGGUAUUUUAUCGAAUUUAUCUCAAUUUUACAACAAUAGUCUUAUCUCUUUGGCAGAGUGCUUCGAUUCUAUACUAUAUUUCAGCAUUUAUUAUUUUUAUUUUUAUUAUUUUAAGUUAAUUCUCAAUCAGCAUAAAAAUAAUAUUGCAAGGAAUAUUUCAGAUGAUACUAAUUGUGAUUUUGACUCUGUAAAGCAAUAUUCUCAUCAGUUUUCUUUAAAUUUUAAAGAAAUAUUGUUAUUGAAUAAAAAAUCUCCAUCAUUUUUCAACUUUUUGGAUUUUCAACCUCAGUUUGAGCAUUUUGCCAAUGAGCUCAAUAAUUUACGCAUAACUUUCCAUGAAAAACUAAAAAUUAGCAAUGAAAGAAAUGACUUACUCCCCCUUUAAAUUGGAACAAAAUAUAGGUAAAAUUUCCACUUCUUUGGUAAAUUAACCCACCUUUAAAUUGGAACAAAAUUUAAUUUUAUAAUAAAAAAUUUUAUAUAUAUAAAAACCAUAAUUUUAAUAUAAAAGGUUUUGAUAUAAGUUAAAUGCUUCUUCUUAACUAAAAUUAAAAAUCUAGUUAUAUAUUGCUUUUGUUUAAAGAAGAGAGUAUAAAGGGCAUCUUAGUAUCUUAG